AUGUUCAAUUCAUGUGUUCGAUUGAAUGAUUUACCGGAUGAAAUUCUUAUUUCAAUUUUUAAAAAAUUGUCUAAUGCGGAAGUACUUUAUUAUUUAUUAGGUGUUAAUAAACGAAUAAAUAAAAUUGUACAUGAUUAUGUUUUUACAAAUGAGUUGUCCCUUCUGAUGUCUACAUCGGAUGAUUUGAUUUAUUCAUUACCUGAUUUAAUACUUGAUCGAUUUUGUUCACAUAUUUUACCUAAAAUUCAUCAAAAAAUCCAAUGGCUUCAUCUUGAAUCACGAUCAAUGGAACGUAUUCUUCUUGCGACGAAUUAUCCGAAUUUAUAUGGAAUUAGUUUACAUAAUAUUCAUGCUAAAACAGCUAUGGAUCUUUUUACUAAUGAAACUUCUGUAAUUCGUACCUUGAAAAAUCAACUUUUAUCACUUACAAUCGAUAUUAGUACACAGAAACUACAACAUUUUCCAAUAGAUGGUAAUGCAAUUAUAUUUAAUCAUAUCAUUACUAUGUUCACUAAUUUACAAUAUUUAAAUUUUGGUCCAUCUUCAAUAUGCGAUGAACAAUUAUACUUUUGUUUUGAUCGUCUAACUGUUGUUUCUACAAAUUUGUUAGAAUUACAUGUCUGUUUGAAUACUUUUUCUGAUUGUCUUUAUUUACUUCAUGGACAUUUCAAUCAACUUCGUACAUUCUAUGCUGAUAAAAAACUAUCUAGUUUAAAAUGUUUUCGGCUACAUCGUAAUAUGAUAACAUUUGCUUAUGAUGAAUUAAUUCUACCACUUUUACAUCGAAUGUCAAAUUUAGAAAAACUUGAUUUGUCUAUUAAUGUUGGUGAAAGAAAAACUCUUUUUGAUGGUAAUGAUUUGAAGAUGAAUAUUAUUAAUCAUAUGUCACAAUUAAAUAAAUUCACAUUUAAUAUUUGUUCAUUAAGUAGUUUUUAUAAUGAAAUUAAUUUACCUAAAAAUGAAGAUAUUCAAAAGACAUUUAGCGACUUUAAUGAUAAACAAAUUAUUUAUUGGACUGAUUAUUUUUCAAAAGAAAAAAAAGGUUAUUGUCAUAUUUAUUCAUAUCCAUAUAAACUGGAAUAUUACGAGAAGAUAACGAAUAAUUUUCCAGGUGGAAUAUUUAAAUAUGUUCGUUAA